GUCCGGGUCUCGCCGAGCCCGGCACUGCUGGCGCCGCUCGUUCGGGUAGGCAGUGGGUCAGGGCGGGGCGUCGCCCACACUCAGCCGGGGCGGAACCCACCGAGGUGAGUGAGCUGGGCGCUGUGUAGCGCGGAGCGCCGGGGCGCCGAGACCCAGGCGAGCCGGAGCGCUUUCCGCGGGGUUUGGCUCCUGUCGCUUCCCGUCUCGCAGAACCGGCAUCGCGGCCGCUAGAGCCGCGGCGCUGCGAGUCCUCCGAGCCGGGCUGCGGGGCGUGGGGCGCGGGGCGCGCCAGGAGGGGGCGCGGAGCCCACGGCUCCCGGACACAGACGCAGAUGAAAAGAAGCAAAGAAUUGAUAACGCAAAAUCAUAUUCAAGAAGACAUAAGUUUUCUUCGUUGUUGGAAAUGUAGAAAAUGUAUAGCAAAUUCUGAGUGUUUGAUGAAUUACCUUGAGAAUCAAGUUCUUAAGGACAGAUAUGAUUCUGCUGAUGAUCAGAGUAUUUGUCAUGUGUGGCACAUGGAUAUAGAAGCUCUUCCAGAAUGGAUAAACUGCCUAAUACAAAAAGCCCAGUGGACAGUUGGAAAACUGAAUUGCCCUUUCUGUGGGGCCCGUUUAGGGGGCUUUAAUUUUGUCAGCACUCCAAAAUGUUCCUGUGGCCAGCUUGCAGCUGUACAUCUCUCUAAGAGCUGGACCGAUUAUCAGCCAACACGGGCAGGCCGACUAAUGAGACCAUCGCUGAAAUACUUGUCACAUCCUAGAGUUCAGUCAGGUUGUGACAAGGAAACUCUGCUGACAGGUGGUGCCUCCAGAAACAGAAAUCACGGGGUUUUAAAUAUGGCCCAAAAUAAUAAUGGCUCUGGAAGAUUAACAGAAGCACUCUGCCUGGAGGUACGGUCAACAUAUUUUCAGAUGAAGAAUGAAAAACUGCUCUUCAAAGCAUCAGAUCCAAAAUACCAGCUUUUUGUUCCUCAGCUUGUGACUGGCAGAUGCACUACAAGAGCUUUUCAUAGGAAAUCACAUAGUUUGGAUCUGAACAUCAGCGAGAAACUGACUUUGUUACCUACUUUUUAUAAAAUACAUAGUAAGACUGCUGCCUGUCCCAGGCUAAAUGAAACACAGCCUAUUCACCUUUCAGGCUUGCCUUUAGAAUCUAGUAAAAAUAACUGUUCCUUUCAGAUUUCAUCCAAUUUUGAUCCUAAUAUGCUGCUGCAAAGAUUUUCAGUGGCUCCCCGUGAGACCCAGACACAAAGAGGAGGAGAAUUUCAGUGUGGUCUAGAAGCUUCUGCGGUGUACUCUGACCAUGCAAGUUCUAACAACCUGACUUUCGUGAUGGACCUGCCCUCAGCUGGCAGGAGCAUGCUGGAGGCCUCGGACCAGGAAGAGCCCCUCUCGGCACUGGACUUUCUGCGCUCAGGCAGUUUUUCCCUGGGGGCCAUUAACCAGAGGCUCAGUAAGAGAGAAAGGAGCAAAUUGAAAAAUCUGAGAAGGAAACAACGAAGGCAUGAAAGAUGGCUACAGAAGCAGACUUUGAAUAAUGAGAUGAGUACAGAUGAUGACAAUGCAUAUGCAGAAGAAAAGGAAAGUUACAUCUGUGCAGUGUGUCUGGAUGUUUAUUUCAGCCCAUACAUGUGUUACCCGUGCCGCCACGUCUUCUGUGAGCCCUGCUUACGGACUCUUGCCAGAGACAAUCCUGCAAGCACUCCCUGCCCAUUGUGUCGGACAGUUAUUUCCAGAGUCUUUUUCCAGACAGAACUGAACAAUGCCACAAAAAGAUUCUUUCCUAAAGAAUAUUUGAAAAUAAAACAAAGCUUUCAGAAAUCCAGCUCUGCAAAAUGGCCACUACCAAGCUGUAGAAAAGCAUUCCAUCUUUUUGGAGGUUUCCAUAGACGUGCAGCUCCAGUUACAAGAAGGCAAUUCCCACAUGGUGCACACAGGAUGGAUUAUCUGCACUUUGAGGAUGAUAGCCGUGGAUGGUGGUUUGACAUGGAUAUGGUGAUCAUCUAUAUUUAUUCAGUGAACUGGGUCAUUGGAUUCAUUGUUUUCUGCUUUCUUUGCUAUUUUUUCUUUCCGUUUUAGGAAUUUUCAUAUCUUACUACAGUUGAACAAUCACAAAUGAUGUAGAUAGCAAUUAAACCUUUUUAAAAUGUGCUUUGAAGUUUUUAUAAUGUUGCAUUAUAUAAAUUGUCGGUGUUUAUAGGUAUGGGAAUAAUGGACUUAUUUAUUAAUGUUUUUCAUGUAACAAACUACAGUUUACUGAGAAGCUAUUCUGUCUAGCACUUAGCAACAAUGCACUAUUAAUUUCAUAAUUCUUCCUGGUUUAGGAUUUAUUGGCUCUAAUUUUACAAUUCUGCUUUUAUACUUAAUUGUAAAGACAGGUUUUCUCUCCACUGAAAAGUAGGAAAAAGCAAAAUGAAAUGAUAAUCUGGGUAGAUAGUAUCUUUGCUGAAAAAAUAUUUCGUCAAUCACCACUUAUUCUUGGGCAAAUUAUGUGCAUUAAACAUAAAUUAUACUUUCUGGGAACUAAUCUAGCAGGGUAUAUUCAGUUUUGGUUUCCAAUUAUCUCUACUUAUUUUCUGUUCUAUUAUCAAAAAAGCUGGCUGUUCUUUAAACAGACCUAAUAAUAGCAUUAAUGCAACAUUUUUAUUUAUUGUAAGAACAGAAUAGUAAAUGUGAAAGACCCCCAAUAGAAAGAGAUAUAUUAAUCCUUUCCAAAUUACAGGAUUACUCACCUGAAGAAUUAAAAUACUUACUGACUUUCAGUAGUUUAAAGAGCAAUGCAUGUCCAAAAUGUAACUACUUUAGUGAUUUGUUUAACACAGAGAUUGUUAAAUAUAUUGUACAUGUGCAAUAAAGAGUGGCUUUUACAUUUUUUUCUUUCUUAUUAAGUAAUUUAAUGUCUGGAAUAAGGAAUUUUUGGAAAUAGGCUUAUAAGUAUAUACAAAGAAAACCUGGCAUUUCUUUUUAUUAUUACAGUAUUAUAAGCCUUGGAAUUGGUUUUCCCCUUAAUUUAAAAAAAAUAAUAAGGAAAUCUAAAUUAUUCCAGAAUAGGAAACAACACUAGUACCCCACUUUCACAAGUGAGAAAACUAAGGCACAAAGAAGUAGGCUUAUUUCAGUCAUUAAGGUGGUCUUUGUGUAACCUAUGAGGAGUGUUUUGAUUAUGAACAACAUUCCUACACUGUGCUAUUAUAUAUCUGAUAAAGCAGUGAGCAUACUCUUACACAAGGAAAGUGAAACUGUCAUGGCACUAAAAAUAUCACCAUCAAACAAAUUGUCACUGUCAAGGCCUCAAGAGUUCAGUCUAGGAAAAGUCCAAAUUUGGCCUAAUUACAACUAAGUGUAUUUGAAUAAAAGCACCUAUCUGAUGAGACGUAAUGUUCUAAGAAAUAUGACAGAAUAACAGAUUUUUAUUCUACACUGUUACUGUUUUUAAAAUUAUGUCUCUGAAAGGAAACAGCAGUGUGCACUAGACACUAUCAAAUCUAGAAAGCAGAAAACUAAAUACAUUUUACAAACAUCAGUUUUUCCUCAUGUAUCAAAAUAGACUAAUAGUGCUUAGUCUAGUGGUAUAUAACUAAUAUCUUGUAAAACAAUAUUUUUACAAACCUCAGUAUUACCUUACAAAAAUAAAAAUAGGUAUUUAUAAUUUAUUGCUCCAAGUGUAGGUAAUGUGUGUCAGGACUGAAAAAUUAACAAAACACAGAUUGGUGGGGGGACAGUAUCUCAAGAACUUUAAAAUGAACUGCAGCCAUUUCCCAAGCAAUUCCUGGAUUAUCAUCUCUAGCAAAUAUGCUUUUACUCAUUCCUAAAUUAAAAAGUUGAUUAAAGGGGCACCUGGAUGGCUCAGUCAGUUAAGUGUCCAACUCUUGAGCUCAGCUCUGGUCUUGAUCUCCGUGAAUUCAGUCCCUGCACUGGGCUUCACACUGGGCAUGGAGCCUACGCAAAUAAAUAAAUAAAUAAAUGGUUCUAACUAUACAUGAGCAAACUUAAUAGUAUAACAGAUAAGAGAGUUCUCAGAGUAACAAAUUUGAUUCCCAGUAUGAUUAUAGUAGCUCAUUGGUGAUAAUAUCAAUUUAUAGAUCUGUAUCCACAAACUAAGUACAAAUAAAAAUAAUACCUUAAAUACUCUUUAAAAAAAAAAGGGAUAGUCUGGAGGAACAUUCUAGAUGGGCUAUAUGAGUCUUAACAG